GCUUCCCUCACCACAACACCAUCACCAGUCUACAACAAGUCUCCAAACAUUCAAGUUUAUCUAUCUAUCCAACGAUCUCAAGUUGAAACAUCAGCCAACAUGUCCUACAGCAUCAAAGUCCGCGUCUACCAGACCAACACCAACGCCUUCUUCACCCUCGUCGAGAGCGGGUGCUGGCACUACGCGUCGGGCGGGACCUGGGACUGCUCUUCGCCCCCCUGCUCCUCCUCCCUGACCCUCAGCAUGGGCGGCAGCGGCACCUCCGGGAUGCUGCGCUUCAGGACCGAGCAGGGCAAGGAGGCCUUCUUCGUCGCCAUGGGCGUGCACAACUACAAGCCCUGGGUCGACGUCGUCACCGGCCUCGCCAACGACGUCACCUGCGUCUCCGCCCUCCCCGAGUACUACAACGACGUCAACCCCGUCCGCUGCAAGGCCCGCGAGGCCCAGCGCACCUCCCAGACCAUCCUCAACGCCGACCACCGCAAGAUCUCCGCCAACUACUGCGUCACCGAGGGCAAGGAGCUGCAGCUUAACAUCGUCAUUGGUUGAAUACCUACCUACCUACCACCUACGGAGAGCUCAGUGACAGCAGCAGUAUGAAGCAGCAGUGUGGUGGAAAAGGGGGAAGUGAAAAGCGUGCGUGGGCAGGGCACACGCUUUAUGGUGCAAAAGUUAACUAGGUUACCUAAACGAAGUCGCUCUUUUUAAAGGGUUAUGAAAGUUAUCUAGUGACAGAAUCUCUUUUUGGUCUACUACCUAUAUAGGUAGCAUCCACUCAUUAGAUAGCUCAAUAUUAUACUUGAGAGGGAAUAGCCAGCAUUCCUUCCAUCGUGUGCCACAAUCCAAAGGGCUCACGCUCUCAUCUCCAGCUACAUAAUUCACAAAUCACCUAGACAUUCAUACAUACAAAGAUAAAACAUAAACGCGAGAUAAAUAAAUGGUUGUACAUCAAU